CUGUCACCAGCCCAACUUCUAGGCAAGGAUUGACUGAUAGACCAUCAACAUAUGAUGUCAGGCCUUAUUUUUACCUUCAAAUUAUUUUAGAGAGCCAUUCCUAAUUGGUCUGUUAACUUGAGAAUGACUCUGAUGGUCAUUCCUAUCGAUAAAAAUGGCAUGUAUGCCAACUUGUGCUUUAAACAAAGUCUCAUUUAGUUGGACACCUGCAUGCUUUUCCUAUGUUAAACGAGAUGACUCACCAUUGCACCAAGUUCUCUGGCCAUUGGAAGAUCAUCGUGUAUGAUGAGGAAUGCUUCCAGGGUCGCCACCACGAGUUCACCUCUGAGUGCUGCAAUGUCAUGGAGUUCGGUUUUGAGACCGUUCGCUCAUUGAGAGUGGAGAGUGGAGCGUGGGUUGGCUAUGAGCAUUCCGCUUACCAGGGUCAGCAGUUUGUUCUGGAGCGUGGAGAGUACCCUCAGUGCAAUGCAUUUGGGGGAAGCAAUGCCUACCACAUCGAGAGGAUGACCUCCUUUAGACCUAUUUCCUGCGCUAACCACAGGGAAUGCAGAAUGACCAUUUAUGAGAAGGAGAACUUCCUGGGCCGUAAGGGUGAGCUCAGUGAUGACUACCCCUCUCUGCAGGCCAUGGGAUGGUGCAACAACGAAGUGGGUUCUCUGCGUGUUCAGUCUGGAGCGUUUGUGUGCUACCAGUUCCCCGGUUACCGUGGAUACCAGUACAUCAUGGAGUGUGACCGCCACUGUGGAGAGUACAAACACUUCAAGGAGUUUGGCUCCCAUUCCCAGACCCCUCAGAUCCAGUCCAUCCGCCGUAUCCAGCAGUAACCUAUUUUAUCCUGCCCCUCACCCUGCCAAAACUGUCAUGCCCCUUUCUGCCCGAUGCUAAAUAAACUGUCUUUCUUAAACAUCA